CAAUUUCUUCACCAAAUCAAUGGGCGAAUGAAGCUCCCGUUCCUCUUGAAUUUUUUAAAGUGGCAUUACUGAACCCGAAACCGGAACAUUUUAGAUAGACUGGAGCUGGGUGUUGAGAGCUUAGAAAGGGUUUUACGAAGGCCUGUGGAAUGGAAGUGCAGGUGCUUUUGCUGUCGCUCAUCUUCCUCGCAGUCGGCGCUGCUGCAGAUGGCAUCAACGGCUGCGGAGGUUUCGUAGAGGCAAGUCCAGCUUUGAUCAAGCUGAGAAAACCAACUGAUCCGAAGCUUGACUAUUCUCACAUAACUGUCGAGCUUCAUACAGUGGAUGGCCUGGUGAAGGAGUGGACACAGUGUGCACCAAAUGGAUAUUAUUUCAUUCCUGUAUAUGACAAAGGGUCUUUUGUAAUCAAAAUCAAAGGUCCAGAUGGAUGGUCAUGGAAACCAGAUCAGGUUCCUGUAUCAGUGGAUAAUAAUGGUUGCAAUGGCAAUGAAGACAUAAAUUUUCACUUCACUGGGUUCACUGUAUCUGGAAGAGUUGUAGGGGCUGUUGGAGGAGAAAGCUGCCCAAAAAUAAAUGAAGGUCCUGGCAAUGUGAAGGUCGAACUCAUCUCCACCACGAGUAAACUAAGUAACAGUGUGUUUACAUCGCAUGGGGGAAGUUAUAACUUCAAAAACAUUAUUCCAGGGACAUACAAGCUAGUUGCUUCCCAUCCAAUUUUAACAGUUGAACAGAGAGGCUCUCAUGAGAUAGAUGUAGAUUUUUCCAAUCUGGUAGUAGAUGACAUUUUCUUUGUACCUGGCUAUGAUAUUGAUGGACUGGUUGUUUCACAGGGUAAUCCAGUUUUAGGCGUUCAUGUAUAUCUUUAUUCUGAUGAUGUUGUCGAGGUUCACUGCCCCCAGGGUGCUGGAACAGCUCCAUGGGAAAAACAAGCACUCUGUCAUGCCAUAUCUGAUGCAAAUGGGAGAUUUGCUUUUAAAUCUAUUCCUUGUGGUAAAUACAGGUUAUUACCUUUUUACAAAGGAGAGAAUACAAUAUUUGAUGUCUCACCUCCUUCUAUGGAACUUCUGGUGGAGCAUACACAAGUUACCAUAUCUCAGCCCUUCCAGGUAACAGGGUUUUCGGUUGGAGGACGUGUUGUGAAUUCUCAGGGCAUUGGAGUUGAAGGUGUUAAGAUAUUAGUUGAUGGACGAGAAAGAGCUAGAACGGACAUUUGGGGAUAUUACAAGCUUGAUCAGGUUACAUCCACACGCUACACAAUCAAGGCUGAGAAGGAACACUUCAAAUUUAGCAGUUUGGAGAAUUUCAUGGUUUUACCAAACAUGGCUUCAAUUCCAGACAUAAAAGCUACACAUUAUAAUAUUUGUGGUUCUAUCAAAUUGAUAACAGCAGGCUUUACUCACAAGCGUCAAGUUGCAUUAACACAUGUGCCAGAGAAUGUAAAGCCACAAAUAAAAAAGAUAGAUGAGAUGGGUGACUUCUGCUUUGAGGUUCCACCUGGAGACUAUCGUGUGUCUCCCCAUACUACAUCAUUAGAGAAUGCUUCUGGUUUAUUGUUUUCCCCACCACAUGUUGAUGUAACCAUGAAUGGACCAUUUCUUGGUAUUGAAUUUACACAGGCCCUGGUUAAUAUCCGUGGAUCAGCAAUAUGCAAGGGAAGUUGUGACUCCAUGAUUUCUGUUUCUCUUUCUUCUCCGUCCGUUAAAAAUUCAGAGAGCUCAAGGUCAGUGAGUUUGAGUGGUGAUAGCAGUGACUUUGUAUUUGAGAAAGUCUUGCCUGGUGCAUAUCAUCUUGAGAUAAAACAUGGACCUUCUUUUGAGGCUGCAAACUGGGAUGAUGAUUGGUGUUGGGAGAAAAAAUUCAUUGACGUGGAAGUUGGUAUUGCUGAUCUGGCAGGUAUAACAUUUGUCCAGAAGGGAUACUGGUUGCAUAUCAAGUCUACUCAUGUAGUGAAUGCUUCUAUCUUACAGCCAAACAGAGAGCUCAUUAAUCUGCCAAUCGAGAAAGGAUGGCAACGGACAUGCUUAGAAACCCCCGGUUCGCACACACUUCAAUUCUUGAACUCAUGCAUUUUCUUUGGAACAAAUUCAUUGGAAUUUAACACAUUGGACCUGAAGCCUCUAUAUCUGACUGGCAAAAAAUAUCUUCUAAGUGGGCAAAUUCAUAUCAAAUCUGACAUAAUACCUGACUCAAACAAGAUGUCCGAGAGCAUUACUGUGGAUGUAUGGCAAAAGGAUGGCACAUUUGUUGAUGUGAUAAAUAAUGUCAAACAUGUUUCAAGUCUGACUGGGUCAGCUGAGGUUGCUGUUUAUGAAUUUACACACUGGGCAAAUCUUGGAGAUGAACUGAUCUUUGUUCCUCAAGAUAUCAGCAGGAAUGUUAGUGGCCAGAGUAGUUUGAAAAAGAUUCUGUUUUAUCCAAGAGAGCAUCAUGUUGCUGUUAAAACUGAUGGUUGCCAACGUCCUAUUCCUCCAUUUGUGGGCCGCUUAGGACACUAUGUUGAAGGAUCAGUUUUGCCAGCUCUUCAUGGAGUUGAUAUCAGAAUAAUUGCUCAUGGUGACAGUAGCAAUGUUGCUCUUAAAAAAGGCGACUUAGCUCUUUCAACUUCAACAGGAUCGGAUGGCUUGUUCAGUGGUGGCCCUUUGUAUGAUGACACAGAUUACUAUGUUGAGGCUUCCAAGGAGGGAUAUCAUCUAAAACCACUUGGAGGAUAUUCAUUCUCUUGUCAGAAGCUCAGUGAAAUUGUGGUUCAUAUCUAUGCUGGAGAAGGUGCAGAAGAAUCACUCCCAUCUGUUCUUUUAUCACUUAGUGGUGAGGAUGGUUACCGAAACAAUUCUGUAUCUGCUCCUGGUGGAGCAUUUAACUUUGAGAAUCUGUUUCCCGGGAGUUUUUUCCUUAGACCGCUUCUGAAGGAAUAUUCAUUUUCACCAUCGGCACAGGCAAUAGAACUAGGCUCUGGAGAGAUUAGAGAAGUGACAUUUGCUGCACACCGUGUUGCUUACAGCAUUCUAGGUACCGUGACAUCACUUUCUGGGCAGCCUAGGGAAGGUAUCACUUUGGAAGCUAGAUCCCAGUCAAAAGGUUAUUAUGAGGAAACAACCACAGACAUUUCAGGGAAAUAUCGCCUUAGAGGCCUUCUACCUAACUCAAAAUAUUCGGUAAAAGUUGUAGUAAAAGAAGACUCAGGAAACCAACCAAAAAUUGAGCGUGCAUCUCCAAGCUUUGUUGAUAUUGAGGUUGCGUCUACAGAUAUCAGUGGAUUGGACUUUGUUGUCUUUGAUCAGCCAGAAAUGACAAUUGUUACAGGUCAUGUUGAUGGGACUGACCUUGAAAAACUGCAGCCACAUUUGACAGUUCAGAUUAAAUCUGCAAGUGAACCCUUUAAAAUAGAGUCCCUUAUUCCACUGCGGAUGUCAAAUUUUUUUGAAGUACAGAGUCUGCCAAAAGGAAGAUACCUGGUCCAACUUCUGUAUGGACUUCCAUCAAAGUUUCAGAAAUUUGAAUCUGAUAUUCUUGAAGUCGACCUAGAGAAGCAGACACAAAUACAUGUUGGGCCAUUAUCUUACAGGGCAGAGGAGCAUAAUCAGAAGCUGGACUUGACACCGGCACCUGCUUUUCCCCUCAUUGUUGGAGUCUUAGUGAUAGCUGUUUUUGUGAGCAUGCCUAGGUUUAAGGAUGCAUAUCAAUGGGCAGUAGGAUUGGCACCAUCAGGAAUGAUGGCAAUUUCAUCAAAGAAAGACAUGCGGAAACUAAAUAUAAGAAGGAAAACAUAUUGAAUUCCAUUCUGUUUCUCUGCAAACAGCAUGGGUGCAAAUAGCAAACUAAUAUUUCCUUGUAAUUUUGUAUUAAAUGUUUUUCUUCCCGGAACUCAGAUUUUGGCAAGUUCACAUGUUGAGAUUGAUAGAAUGUGUUGUUGGAGAUGACAUGACGGGUUCACAUAUGAUUUACUAGUCCACUUGAUAGUCACUUGAUUAGAGCCAUCCUAUACCAUGUCAUGUAAGGAACUUCAGAUCCUUCGGUAACACUUUUUUAUAGUUUUGGAAACUUUCUCAGGCAUGAGCUAUUCUUCUCGGCAAUUCAAUCGAGCCCUACAUCAACAGGUAGGGCAUUGCUAAUGUACAUACUCAAGAGAUUUCUGCAUAACAUAAGCUUUUUUGAGAUUGUUUACUUAGAAGGAUUGUAUUCCAGAACAAAAAGCCCUAGAUGAAAUUUCUUUUUGGUGAAAAUUUUAUCCAAUAAACUUUUUGACAGCUUUUGGAAAUUUUCAACAAGAUCUUGAAGAGUAUAUUAUUGUUGAA